UCGGCGAGGAACACAUAACCAACCAUGAAGUGGUUAGUAGCACUUACUUUGCUAGCUGCUGCUGGCACUAGCCAAGCAGAGCAAGAAGUCUCCAUCGCCAAUGCAUUGUCAAGGCCGGUGGGAGUAGUUUAUCUGCUGGACAUCAUUUCUCCACCAAGGCAGAAGCCAGAAGCGUUCAAUUAUGAAUCUUCUAACUUCGUCAGUGGUGGUCCAAACUACGGAAAUAAGCAUUCGUACUUACUGGUUCGCCCUAUUCCUGCAGAGGCCCGAGGGGUACCUGUUCCCGUUCAACAGGCAGAGGAUGACAAAGAGACCCCUUCCAAAUACUUAGUUCGCCAAAGACGAGAAGCAUAUCCAGUUGAAUCUCACGUUUAUGGAAAUCUUCAAGGCAGUGGACUGGGAUAAUUUUGUCGGUAAUAGUAUUUAUUGUUUAUAAAAGGAAUUUAAAUAUUAAAUAACAUUUAAUAUACCUAUACAUUUUCAUAUAAAUUCAGAAAAAUAAUAUUCGAAUAAAGAAUGUUUAUGGUUAUUUGAGAGUACCUACUUUAUAAUCUUUAAUAACUUCUAUUUUGUCAUUAAAAAAUUUACAUGAACAAAUUUUACUUAUUUCAAGAUAAGAAGAAAAAUAGAAUAUUUUCCAUCAAGCUGCAAGAAUAUUUACAGAACAUUUUUUAUAAAACAAGAUUGUCGCUAUAAAGAACAAAUUAGCUCUCUAACUUAUUUUGUUAUGGCUGUGACGGGUGUCAUGUAAUAA